AUGCCUGAUCUGUUCGAAACCAUCAUGCCCGUUGCCGCCGCCGAGAGCAUUCGCGGAAAGGACAUGAACAACCAGGAGGACGGCGACGGCAAGUAUGACGUCCUCAUCACCAUGAACAACAAGACCCCGUGGUACGAUGGCGCCGACGGCACCCCGCCGGAGGACAGGUACGACUUUGUCACCGUUUGCUUGCAUGAGUUCUAUCACAACCUCGUCUUCGCCGGCAGCAUUGUCGCAGAGGUUGAUGGCUCGCCCGACACUCCUGAAGACGUUCUCCAGAACGCCCACUUGCAUAAGGAGUAUCGUACUCGUUUCGACUCGUUCUUGGCAAACAAGCAAGGCUGCGCAGUCCUCAGCUACCUCGACGAUGAGCGCCUGCAAGCCAACCAACAAAAGUCAGGGACGCAGUUGCUGGCUGAUGCCUGCACCAACAACGAGCUCUACUUUCAGCAAGGAGAAACAAAGAUUGCCCGCAUGUUCGCGCCCCGCAUCUUCAAGGCAAGAAGCUCCGUCUACCAUUUGGACCCCAAGCUCUCCGACCCUGACUCCAAGCUCAUGUUUCCGACCAUCACAAGGGGAACAAGCGUACACCGCAUCUCCACUACCAUCCUCAACAUUCAAGCUGCAACGCUUAGAAAGGAUUGGCACGGCGCCAACACCAAGUGCACCCGCCCGCUCGCUGCCCCUGGCCUCGCAACCCCGCCCCAAUCUGGCGACUGGGGGGAGGAAACCGCGGGUGCAGGAGUCCAGUAUCAUGACUCCCCGGUACCCGUGCCCAGGGCGGUUGUCGAGGACAACGUCCGUAGGAUUGCAAACCUCCCCGUCUGGGCAUUUGCGCUCUUGAUUGUGUUGGCCAUCAUUCUCGCCCUCUUGCUACUCGCCCUGUGCCUCGCCCUCUUGCUUCGUCGCAAGAAGAAGCGGUCGUUCCCAGCGACCACAAGCAGCACCUCUCGCUUUCCCACGCAUACCCAUUCGAGUACCACCUCAACGCUCACCAAGUACAUCCCCGGCUUCGGGAACGUUAGGACGUCUUCUCGUAAGACGCACUCUUCUUUCUCGAGACACCAUCCCAGCUCAAAGCAUACAUCCUCUAAGGUCUCGAAACACACGACCUCUAAGGGCACCUCGAGACACUCGAGGGAUGAGACUCUCAUAGAUUCGCACAAGACCAUCUGUCCUAGCUCGGGCAAAUACAUUUAUAUCUGCAAGUGCAAGUGCUGCCGUAAGGAGACGACGAUCCAGCGCCCGGAACCCAUCGCCUCAGUGCAUGAAUUCGUGCCGGAGAGUCCGCCCAGCGCCGAAUUUGUCUGCUACAAGCGAUCCCACAGGCGUUGUCAUCAUCAUCGCAGCUCUCGUCAUCCCUCGCACAAGCACUCAGCUGUCAAGUCUCUGAAGAAGCCGUGCAAGAGCAAGUCGGUACGAAGCUGUCAUCACGGCUGUCACUGCUGCUACUGCUGCAAGUACAAACCUGCGUCAUCGAAAUCAUCAGCCAAGUGCUCGAAAUCGAUCGCAGCGACAUCUACCAAGUCCGAGUCUGUGGUCUGCAAAUCUUGCAAAUCAGCCUCCUGCCGAUGCUCGUCAGCGAUGUCAUGCAAGACGUGCAAGUCGUUCUCGUGCAAAUGCUCGUCCUCUGUGCCGUGCAAGACAUGCAAGUCGUCCUCGUGCAAAUGCUCGUCCUCCGUGUCGUGCAAGACAUGCAAGUCGUCCUCGUGCAAAUGCUCGUCCUCCGUGUCGUGCAAGACAUGCAAGUCGUCCUCGUGCAAAUGCUCGUCCUCUGUGUCAUGCAGAACCUGCAAAUCAUCUUCCUGCAAAUGUUCGGCAAGCUGCAGAUCAUGCAAGUCAACUUCUUGCCGAUGUGGAUCGUCCACAAAGGGGGCCUCUUCGACGCGAGCCCCGCCAUCCACCAGGCCGCCGCCACCACCGACCAAAGCACCCUCAACGAAGCGGUCGCCGUCUUGCAAGCCGGCCACGACCGCGUGCCCGCCAACGACUUCGGCGAGGACAUGUUGUAAGCCUGCCGCAUCCGGAGCGGCCUGCAAGCCAACAUGUAGGAGGGUGGUCGAAAUCAAUAUCAAUCGGUGCUAAGACUUUUUUCACGAUCAAGAGCAAAGUUUAUGGAAACAAGUCGAGAAACUUGUUUUAACUCUUUGUUUGAUUAUUUAUGUAUUACAUACGUACAACUUGCGGUGGAGACGCAAGCUGAUUUUUAGAGAGAUUCUAUCUAGUGUUGAAAAGCUUGUGAGGCAAGCAAAAAAGUGAAUGGCAAUGGAAGAGGGGAAGUGAAUGCUGGCGGAAGGAAAGUGUAGUUAGAGAAUUGGCGAGGGAUGGUGUCUCAACACGGACAAUCAUCAACCUGUGCUGAUCAAAUAGAUUCCUCUUUAGUAUUAUAAUCGGACAUGGGCGAUUUCGAGGACGCCCGAACAUGAGCAAAUAAAAAGGUGCAAAUAACUCCGAUGUUUAAAUCACACACGUCAAUAUCAAUAUCCUUUUCUUUCUCUUCCUUUUGUCUCGCCCUUCAACAAAUGUGCCAUUGCUUCUUGAGGAAGGCGUGGCACGUGCCUGCAAGAAGCAAGGAAGAAUGUAAAGACGUAACAACUCCUUUUUACAUGUUGGUAGCUCUAUGUCGGGCGGUGUAAACGUAUACCCGUUCGUACGCGUUCGCCCGAUUGCUUGUUAGCGUGUAUCGGGACAACCAGCAGGAAAGGGUCAAGAGCUUUGGAAGCGCUUGUGGAAAAUUGGAUUUUUUUCCAAAUUCAGUCAACAAGGGAAAAAUCCCGACAGCAGUACUGUACAUUUCAUUGUCGUUUGCAGCGUGACGUCUCCAAAUCAUCUUGCGUUCGCAACACCCUACCAGACUGCCACCUAUCCGCCAGGCACGCUCGCGUCAAACACGACAACGGCAAGCAUAACAGGCAACUUCACCAAGCGGAAGGCACUAGCUCGCAAGGAAGUAAUAGACAGCGGCUUCAUUUGUCACAAACAAACACGCACACAGAGAUGGGUUGGGUCGCGCCCAGUGAGAUGCUGAUGAUCCACGGGCUGGUGUUGAUGGUGUGCGGGGCGCUGGCGUUCCAGGCGUCCGGUUUUCAGGAGAAAGCGCUAUCGGCCAUCUAUGUGGGCAACGGCGGCGCCGUGGUGAGCUUCCUCCUCGCCGUAGGUAUGCGCGACACAACGCUGAAAAAGGGGCAGGCGGGGUACAAGGUGAUGAUGGCGUCCGUGCAUCUCGCCGUAGUGUACCCCAUGCUGAUCGGCGGCGCCGUUGCGUGGAGGCUGUCAAAGGCGUGGGACAACCCCGACAAGGCCUACCUCAAGCCGUACUUUGGAACGAUCGUCGGGAUUUCCGCGCUCACCGCAGUUGCUAUGAUUGCGCUCAAGCCCAAGCGGGAGAAGGUCAAGGAGGAGGACGCCGGUCGGGAAGGCGAGACAGAGAAAGACGGGGAGCCGGUAACGGCUGCGGAGGGCGCAGCGGGGGUGACCAAGCGCAAGCCGCGGAAGGCGGCGGCGAUGUGAAGCAUUGGAGCUGUCGGGUCGUGAUGUUGACGACGGGCGCGGCGCGAGGGGCAGCACUGCUGUGCUGCUGAGGUCUGCUGAGCUGUAGUGGAUGCUGUAGGUGUUGGUAGCCACACUGGACAUGAAUAUUUUUUCGAUAAAAUCUUCAAUUCCA